CAUCAUGUAAAAAAAAAAUCGAAUUGCAAAUCUAUUAAAGCGUGAAUGAAACCAUUUGAUUUUUUUUUUCAUAGAUUGUGCAUUCAUAUUCUACUACGAAAUAAUAACAAAAAAUUAUAACAGUUUAUAUAUUUUAUAACAGUUUAUACAUAAUCUUGAUUAAAUAGAUAUAGAUUGCAAUUUAAAAUUUCACUUUACAUUAUGGUACAUCUUGAUUAUCUUUGCGGUUAUAAAUUUUAUCAUCCGAAAUGGAUUCAACGUUUUGCAACCACAAAAACUUAUAUAGCUAUUUAUGGAUUACUUGGUACUAUACAAGCAAUGUCUCAUAUGUAUAUAAUUGUAACAUUAACAACUAUGGAAAAACGUUUUAAAAUGCCAAGUGAAACAACAGGGAUUAUUUUGAGUGGAAAUGAAAUUUCACAAAUACUUUUCUCAAUAAUUUUAUCAUAUUAUGGUGGAAAACGUAAUCGUCCACGUUGGAUAUCAUGGGGUAUAACAUUUUGUGCAAUGUCAUGUUUCAUUAUUGCAUUACCACAUUUUAUUUAUGGUGCUGGCGAUGAUAUUUUACGUUUAACAAAAGAAUAUGAAGUGGAAAAUGAGAAUAUUAAUUACAAUAAAAAUUUUAUUAUAAAACCGAAUAAUGAACAAGAGUAUUUGUUGCGAAAUACAAGUGAUAGUGUUAGUAAUAUGAUAAAUACUUUCAAUAAAAAUUCAUCUGAAUUAAAUUCAAAUCGAAAUCAGGCGUUAUGCAAUUCAAAAAGGAUAUCUAGCUUUUUAUUAUCCGCGUCAUCAUCAACAUUUCCUCCUAACGGAAUACAACCAUCAUUUUCCAAUAAUUUAUCGUCAUUGGUCAUCAUACCAAAGAUUUCCAAUGAAUUCGAAUGCAAUAAAAAUGAAAUUGUUAUGUAUGUGGUACCAUUAGUUUUAGUGUUUUUUUCACAAUUUGUUUUGGGAAUUGGGAAUUCUCUUUAUUAUGCUUUAGGACAAACUUAUUUGGAUGAUAAUACAAAUAAAACAAAAACUCCAUUAAUGUUAGCAUUUGCGAUGACACUACGAAUGAUUGGACCUAUCAUUGGUUUCUUUUUGGGUUACGGUUCUUUAAAUUUAUUUAUCGAUUUUCGAAAAACUCCUUUAAUAAAUGCAAAAGAUCCAAGAUGGUUGGGAGCCUGGUGGUUUGGAUGGAUUAUUUUAGGUAGCGUUAUGCUGAUUUUUGCAUUUUUGAUGGGAUUAUUUCCAAAAACUAUGCCGCAACAUGAAAAUAGUCAAAUUGAUUUGGAAAAUAUCGAAAAUGAUUUGAAUAGAAAAUUUAAAUUAAAAAAUAAUAUGCAAAUGACUAAAGAUUUCUGGAGAACUUUACUUAGAAUCUUACGUAAUAGAUUAUUAAUGUGUAAUAUAUUUUCGGGAACAUUUUAUUUGCUUGGUGCACUUGGUUAUAUGACAUUUCUGGCGAAAAUUAUGGAAGUACAAUUUUUUAAAAGUCGUCGUGAUGCAACAAUAAUUAUUGGACCAAUGAUUGUAGCUGGUAUGAUUAUUGGAUUUAUUGUUUCAGGUGUAACAAUUUCUAAGAGGAAACCGAAUGCUAGUAAAUUACUUACAUGGAAUAUUAUAGUUGGCAUUAUUCAUUUAUGUUUUAUAGUUAGCCAUUUUUUUAUAUAUUGUGAAGAUACUGUUAUCAAAAAUAUCGGUAAAAAUUUAAAUUUCAUAACGCCUUGUAAUAUGAAAUGUCAAUGCAAUGCCAGAAAUGUUACUUAUUAUCCAAUUUGUGAUAAAUUAACUGACAUUACUUAUUUUUCUCCUUGUCAUGCCGGUUGCCAGACUUGGAAUUCAACAAUGAAGGCCUAUACAAAUUGUCAGUGUCUUAUAAAUGAUGUAAAAGAAAUAAAAGCAGAAAAUAGAUUUUUAAAAUCAGGGCAUUGUUUAAAAAAUUGUGGUCUUAUAUUUAUAUCAUUUGCAAUUUUAUCAAUGGCCUCUAAUUGUUUAGUAUCUACUGGAAAAAUUGGCAAUAUUUUAGUUAGUUUUCGAGCAAUACCAUCUCAAGAUAAAUCUAUUGCACAAGGAUUAAUUUUAACAUUAGUUAGUUUAUUAGCAUCUAUUCCUGGACCUAUAAUAUAUGGAAGAAUAAUUGAUAUGACUUGCUUAAAAUGGAAUAUAAAAUGUGGAAAAUAUGGGAAUUGUCAAUAUUAUGAUCAAACAAAAUUUCGUUACUAUUUGAAUAUUACGGGAUUUGGUCUGACGUUAAUUGGAGUUUUCUUUGAUUAUUUUGUUUGGCAUUAUGGAAAAAAUCUAGAAUUAUAUAAUGAGAAUGGUAGUAUGAGAAAUGAAAGAGUUGCAAGUCGAAAAGAUGGGAAUAAAGCAAUAGCAAAAUAGUAAAAUUUGGGAUUUAUAGAAUUUUUUUUUAAAUGUAUUUUUUUCUUAAAAUGAUAAAUACAAAAUUUUCAAAAAUUACAA